CCAGUCCAACGGGACUGUCUGAGGCAGCAGCCCUCCCUCCCCUCCGUCCUCUCCCCUCCUUCCUCCCCUCUCUCUCCCAUAUACCACAGGCAUGCACGUGGGUGUGCGGGUGUCACUCUCUCUCAGCCUGACUGACAACACAAACUUCAGAGAAGGGAGGACGAGCUGCAGCACAGGACAAUCCAGACUUCCCAGGUUCCCACUCUGGACUGCACUCUUGGAUUUAAGCAGCUCGUCUUUGGUGCUGAAGCGCUCGGGUUUUUGCGCAGGAGUUUUUUGGUCUCCAUCUGGCACCAGACGCAUCUGUCACCAAGCGCUCAGGAGCCCCGAGCUGUCACAGUCAUGCCGGCCGGGUUUCAGCAGCUCGGAGGGGAGACGGUGACGGGAACCCUUGCACUCUCAGUCUUCACUGCUGUUCUGGGAUCUCUAACAUUUGGCUACAACAUCGGAGUCAUCAAUGCACCUCAAAAAAUCAUUGAAGCGGAAUUCAAUGUGACAUGGGCGAGUCGGUAUGGAGAGCCGAUCACCACGGGGACCCUGACCUCCCUCUGGUCGCUGGCCGUUGCCAUCUUCUCCAUCGGGGGGAUGCUCUCCUCCUUCUGCGUGGGUUUCAUCUCGGAGUGGCUGGGCAGGAGGAAAGCCAUGCUCAUAAACAACAUGUUUGCCUUCAUCGGUGGAAGUUUGAUGGGAAUGUCCAAACUCUGCAGCUCCUUUGAAAUGAUGAUCCUUGGUCGUUUCGUCAUUGGUGCCUACUGCGGGCUGGCAUCUGGCCUGACACCCAUGUAUGUGGGCGAGAUAGCGCCAACGAGUCUCCGCGGAGCGCUGGGAACGCUGCACCAGCUGGCUAUAGUCACUGGGAUUCUGAUAGCACAGAUCCUAGGUCUGGAGUCUUUACUGGGCAACGAGCACUUGUGGCCAGUGCUGCUGGGUCUAACUGUUGUGCCCACCGUACUGCAGAUGGGCCUGCUGCCCUUCUGCCCCGAGAGCCCUCGGUUCCUUUACAUCGUCCGCUGCCAGGAGCACCACGCCAAGUGUGGCCUGAGGAGAUUAACGGGCCGGCAAGAAGUGGGUGACAUGCUGGCAGAGAUGAAGGAGGAGAAGAGAAGGAUGGACAUGGAGAGGAAGGUGUCCAUCCCUGAGCUCUUUCGUUCCACUCUUUACCGCCAGCCCAUCAUCAUUUCCAUCCUGCUGCAGCUCUCCCAGCAGCUCUCGGGGGUCAAUGCGAUCUUCUACUACUCCACCAAUAUCUUCAUGAAGGCAGGAGUCCAGAGUCCAGUCUAUGCCACCAUAGGAGCCGGAGUAGUAAAUUGUGCUUUUACUGUGGUCUCGCUUUUCCUUGUGGAGAGGAUGGGUCGACGGACGCUCCACAUGUUGGGACUGGGAGGAAUGUGCAUAUGUGCCAUCGUCAUGACCGUAGCUCUAGCUUUACUGGACAGCGUUCCCUGGAUGAGCUACAUCAGUAUGCUGGCUAUUUUUGGCUUUGUGGGUUUCUUUGAGGUCGGUCCAGGUCCCAUCCCUUGGUUCUUUGUAGCAGAGUUGUUCUCUCAAGGUCCGAGGCCGGCUGCUAUGGCCGUGGCAGGGUUUUCCAACUGGACUGCCAACUUCAUCAUUGGCUUUGGCUUCCAAUAUGUUGCAGACCUUUGUGGCCCGUACGUCUUCCUGAUCUUUGCAGGAAUCCUUCUCUUCUUCCUCAUCUUCACAUUCUUCCGGGUGCCCGAGACCCGAGGCAAGACCUUUGACCAGAUCUCAGCCAGUUUCAACCAGCAGUUAGCAGGGGGGAUGGAUUUGGAUAUGGACAUGGACAUGGAUUUGGACAAGCCCAGCACAGAGUUGGACUACUUGGGGGAGGAAAACGUCAACUGAGGGGGUCCAUUUCAAACGAAGCUUGAACUGAUACAACUUGAGAUGAGCCUUAAAAUUGGGCGCUACUCCAAAUGCUGUUAUUUUUCUGACAUGUAUGAUUGCAUUCAUAUAAAUUGUGGUGCCAACGCAGUGUUAGGUGUGUGACAAUAUUGACAUUUUGAACCAUCCUUGGCUGGCACUACCGCGGUAAAAGAUUGUAAGAAAAAAAAAAAAAAAAAAGUCCAACAUGACCUGAAAAACUAUUAGAAACCAUCUGCUGUACUUCCGAGGAACCAUGUGGACUUGAGGCAUUGACUGCCAGCGUGAUGGGAUUGGUACUCCCUGCUGUUCGGUUGCAGUAUUGACAAAAGUGGAAAGACUCUGGAAUUCCUGCACUUUAUAAACCAAGACAACCAAAGCUUUCCAGGUGUAGAUGUAAAACUGCAGGAAGUUGAUGCAACUUGCCAUUUAAGAUGGGAACACUUAAGAAUGUUAGAAGCAGUUUUAAGAUGAUGCUACAGGGCUAAGUCUCAACUGUCUUGGCCUCUAAAAGCCUGUGUUAUGAAUGAAAUGCAUUAAUGUCGAUGUACUUAAAUUAUAUCUUGUCUAAUGAGCUUCUAGAUUAGAUUCAGAUGGCAAAUUAAAAAGGUACACAUUUCACUUAAAUUCUUGGGUUUAGGCACAUCUCAAAACCACCCAUUUUGGAGGGGAUUUGUAGAAGCAUCCUGCAAGUUUCUACAAAAGACAGGACUAGUAGUCCUGCAUGUCCCCAUGUACUUAAGACUUUUAAGAACCUAGUGGCUCAACCUGCAAAAGUGCUACUUUUAAAAGCAACACCUUUGAUACAUCCAGUACUCGAGUUGAG